GGAAGUCGUUCCUGGCACGGGCAGAGACAGAGCCAGGAGACAGCAGCCCCUUAAUUUUGCGAAAUCUUGCACUGCGGCAACAUUUCCCUCGAGAAGAUUACAGGCGCAGCCUCGGGCGACGUCACUUCCGGUCGCCUGGCAGUUGGCCAGUUGCGGAUGUGAUGUCAGCUCCACUUGGUUCCGGGAGGAGUCGAGGCAGCUAUGGCUACACGGCUGUGGUGAGAGAAGGAGGCAUGGCUGCAGCCCUCCAGGUCUUGCCCUGUCUCCUCCGAGCCCCGUCCCGUCCAUUCCUCUGGGGGCCCCCAGUGGCCCGGAUGACCAGUGGCAUGACCUUGGCAGAGCAGGCACGGCAGCUGUUUGACAGUGCGGUGGGUGCCGUGCAGCCAGGGCCCAUGCUGCAGAGGACGCUGACCUUGGAUCCUAGUGGCCAACAGCUGAGGGUGCGGGACCGGACCUUUCAACUACGUGAAAAUCUCUACCUGGUGGGCUUCGGCAAGGCUGUGCUGGGCAUGGCGGCUGCAGCUGAGGAGCUGCUGGGCCAGCAUCUUGUGCAGGGUGUCAUCAGCGUGCCCAAGGGGAUCCGAGCUGCCAUGGAACACGCUGGAAAGCAAGAGAUGCUGCUGAAGCCGCACAGCCACAUCCAGGUGUUUGAGGGUGCCGAGGACAACUUACCGGACCGGGACGCCCUCCGCGCUGCACUGGCCAUCCAGCAGCUGGCAGAGGGGCUCUCUGCUGACGACCUGCUACUCGUGCUCAUCUCAGGUGGGGGCUCAGCCCUGCUGCCUGCUCCUAUCCCACCUGUCACACUGGAGGAGAAACAGACGCUCACCAAGCUGCUGGCCGCCCGGGGAGCCACAAUCCAGGAGCUGAACACCAUCCGCAAAGCCCUGUCCCAGCUGAAGGGUGGAGGCCUGGCUCAGGCCGCCUAUCCUGCUCAGGUGGUAAGCCUCAUCUUGUCAGAUGUGAUUGGGGACCCUUUGGAUGUGAUUGCCAGUGGCCCUACCGUGGCCAGCGCCCACAGUGUGCAAGAUUGCCUGCAAAUUCUUAACCACUAUGGUCUUCGCGCUGCCCUGCCACGCUCUGUGAAGACUGUGCUCUCCCGAGCUGACUCUGACCCCCACGGACCGCAUACCUGUGGUCACGUCCUCAAUGUGAUCAUCGGCUCCAAUUCUCUGGCCCUGGCCGAGGCUCAGAGGCAAGCUGAGGCCCUGGGUUACCGGGCCACGGUGCUGAGCACAGCCAUGCAGGGCGAUGUAAGGGGCGUGGCUCGCUUCUACGGGCAGCUGGCCCGCGUGGCUGCUGCCCGCCUCACCUCGCCCUUGGCUGAGCGCCCCCUGGAGGAGGAGGAGACAGAACUCCAUCAGCUGGCAGCCGAGCUCCAGCUCCCGGACCUGCAGCUGGAGGAGGCUCUGGAAGCUGUGGCAAAGGCUAAAGGUCCUGUCUGCCUCCUGGCUGGUGGUGAGCCCACGGUGCAGCUGCAGGGAUCUGGCAAGGGCGGUCGGAACCAAGAACUGGCCCUGCAUGUGGGGGCGGAGCUGGGAAGGCAGCCACUGGGGCCUAUUGAUGUGCUAUUUCUGAGUGGAGGCACUGAUGGGCAGGACGGGCCUACAAAGGUGGCCGGGGCCUGGGUCAUGUCUGACCUCAGCAGCCAGGCCAGUGCCGAGAGCCUGGAUGUAGCCGCCUUCCUCGCCGACAAUGACUCGUACACUUUCUUUUGCCGCUUCCAGGGUGGGACACAUUUGCUGCACACGGGGUUGACGGGGACCAAUGUUAUGGAUGUCCACCUCCUGAUCUUUCAUCCCCAGUGAUGGCAUAGCUCACAGUCUGAGAGGCCUUCUAGGGCAGGGUCUCUGAGGAAGAUCAAGGACUGAUUCCCAGGCCCGUUGUGCUUCAGGACUCCCUCCUCUGCUGCUCCACCCGCCUCCCACAGAUCUACUCCAUGCUUGUCCCCCCAACUAGAUCAGAAGAGGGGGGCUCCUUUCCACCCCUAGUUUCUGUCAUGUCCGCAGGUAGCCAGCCCCGAGGCCCAGAAGGUGCUUCUUGGCCAGCUCACAGUUUUCAUUUUCUCCCUGGAAGCCUUUCUGCCCAGGUCCUCGGCCUGUUUCUCCCAUGGAGCGAAGUUAGGGCGUCUGAAAAUAAAAAGCAUGUCGUGGGGGUCUC